CCUCACCCUCACCCUCACCACCGUCCAAGAUGUCGCGAUACAUGUGCAGCAGAUGUCUGCGGGGACUCGAGUAUCAGAUAUCGAGCCCUCCAUCCCGACGAAUACUCCAUGUGCCCGCCAGACGAGCCUUCACCGCAGCUCAACAACCCUUACGACGACGCAACCUCCAUUCGUCCACGGCGCAGAGAACGGCAAUACCGACAGAGUCACAGCGGAGCUCACGAAAUGUACCCCCACCACCAUCACGCCCAGACUCCGGCCCGAACGCAGACCAGAAGAUGCUCUUGCGGCCGAAUAACCUAUUCCACUCCUACACCAACUCUCCAUCGCCUGCGAUUCGCAAGCGAGCGGCUUUCAUGAAACAGAAUGCCUACUGUUCACAUCCUGACCAUCAGUCCACGAGAAUUGCAACUUCGCCUCAUGACCCGGAGGCGCGAAAGACGGGGUCCAUGCCUCCAGCACACGUCCGCUAUGAGUGUCCGGAUUGUGGCAUACCUGUGUCUUGCAGUGAGGAACACUUUGCUAGCGACUACGAGAGCCAUCUGGAGAUAUGCGAUGUGCUGCGGGAGAUUAAUGAGGAUGACCACGACCUGGUCAGUGGUCGAUUCUUCCCCGAGUUCGAAUACCCGGGGCCGCAGCUGGAGGAAGCACAGGUGAAUAUGAUGAAUUGGGAUACGCUAUUGUACACCAGAGAGUUUGUGGCCAUUGACAACGAGCGGCCUCUGCGCCAGGUGACGCGGCUGUUAACAUAUCCCAUCACGAUUGGGAGUGUCCUACACGAGCUCAGUCCAUACAGUCUGUCAAAUCGGCUCGAGCCCGAGGGAUUAAGAUCGCUGGCUGCUCUGCGUUAUACACUGCAUCCACCGCGGUCUGGAGGUGGUAUCGACGUCAAGGGUCUGCGAACACAGGCACCGCCUGUCCGACUCUUCAUUCUCGGAGCCCGUGCAGAGUCAUCGCUGCCCCGACAAGUCUGGCUGCAACUCUCUUACCUCUUCCCGCGAGCAACUUUCCAUCUCAUCUUCAUUGGACCGGAAGCAAUGGCGAAUCGGGACGACGAAUUCCCACUACCGGAACGGACGCCUCAAAACCCAUAUGGAGCCAUUGUCGAGGACCGGCUGGGAGGUCAGGUGAAGAUUAGCACAUAUGUCGAAUACUUCCACACUCUACAUCAGGCGCAGCACUUCUACCCCUAUGAUCCCUACUUCGAUGCAUUUGUUUGCUUCCACCCUGGUUUUGGCCACCCAGCUUCGUCACACGAGUGGGCCGAGACAUUACCGCAACUGCUGGAGACUAAAGUACCCAUCAUCUGCACCGGCUACACAGAGUACGAUAUGAAGCGCGAUAUCAGCUGGGUGACAGAGCAGGCCAAGGGCGAAAUGGACCUGCUACUGCAGCCAGGGGAGAACCGCUUCCGAAGUCUUCGUUGGGAUCUGAAUGAUCUGGAUCCUAAUGAUGUAAGCUGUGGUAAUUGGGGUCUCUGGGCGUUCCGAGGCAAGCGGUACGAAACAGACGAGUAUCGCGGGAAACAGAAUAGUGAAGGACAGAGCGUCAAAGAAGGCGAAACAAUUGCUGUGUAAGAAUGCAUUACACUGUACAGAGACCUGAUAACUGCCGACUUCCCAGCUGGCUUUCGGCCUGUUCACAUGUGUGGGGUAUGUCGCGCUGCCCGCUUAAAUGCAGCUACACCAUGCUGCAGACCACCCGCCUAGCAGCCUUGGCCCGAGCAUACCGGCAUUGUGUUAUUCUUUGAUGAAUGUAUCACAUCACGUUCUCAAUCGAAGUCUGGCGUCGUAAGAACUUCUCGAUGAGCAUCAGCGUACAUCUUAUUCUCAAGUGACAGUUCGGCCUAUGAGCGAAUCACGACCAUGUGGCCGACUUUCCCCGCAGCCGUCCUCACCCAUCCAUACCUCACCUUCGCCAUCCUGAUUCCCCUGCUCACACUUGGCAUCAUCCUCGUAAAAGAUUUCACCGUCUACCUGCACCUCCCACCCGGCCCAACGCCCAUCCCCUUCUAUGGCAACACACACCAAAUUCCCAAAACACAACCCUGGCUCCAAUUCCAAAAAUGGUCUCAAAUUUACGGCCCCAUCUUCACCCUCUGGAUUGGUCGAAAACCAACUCUCGUCAUCAGCGACCCACAAAUCGCCGUUGAUUUACUCGAGAAGCGAAGUAGCAAAUACUCGUCUCGGCCUCGAAUGGUCCUUCUAGGUGAGAUCUUCAACAACAAUGCCUCAAUUCUCACGCAACCGUAUGGGAAAAGCUGGAGCAUUAGGAGAAAGUUGUUGCAUCAGGCGCUCAAUCCUCGAGCAUUGAAGGGAUACAUGAAGACGCAGGAGGCGGAGGCGAGUAGGAUGUGUUGGUCCUUGCUGCAGAAGGGAGGUGAAGGGUGGGAGAAGGAGUUGGAGAGGUUUACGAGUAGUGUAGUGUUUUGCGUUGCGUAUGGACGGAGAAUCGAUGACUUGAACGCCAAGGUCAUCCGGGAGAGGUUUAAGUUUAUGGGAUAUGCGGCGAGUCUGAAUGUGCCUGGAAAGUAUUUGACAGAGUCAUUUCCGAUUCUGGCCAAGUUGCCGUUUCAGCGGUGGAAGCGUGCGGUGGAAGCCAUGGGCACUGAGCAAGGCAUGGCGAAUUUGAGGCUGAUGAAUGUAGUGAGGCGGGAUCUCGAGGAGAAGGAGAAGGAGAAGAAGGAGGGUGGUGGUGAGAAAUAUGUGCCUGAAAGUCUAUGUCGACUUGUAUUGGAAACCAAGAAAGAAGAAGGCAUCCCUCUGAGUGAUCUCCAACUAUCCUACGUCCCAGCCAGCCUCUUCGGCGCCGGCAGCGACACCACAGCGUCCACACUCUGUUCCGCCCUCCUCGCCCUCAUCACCCAUCCCUCCGUCCUCCAACGCGCCCAAACCGAACUCGACACCGUCAUCGGGCCCCAUCGUCUUCCCACCUUCUCCGACGAGGCCCACCUCCCUUAUAUCCGCGCCUUGUGCAAAGAAACCCUUCGAUGGCGGCCCGUCGCUGUGCUAGGCGGCACCCCGCACGCCAGUACCGAAGAUGAUGUGUACCGGAGUUAUCGCAUCCCCGCCCACACGACGAUUCUCAGUAAUAGUUGGGCGAUUAAUCUCCAUGGAGCAUAUUACCCGAAUCCGCAUCGUUUUGAUCCCGGGAGAUUUCUCUCUUCCCAUGAUGUGUUGCACAGCAAAGGAGAAGGAGUAGGAGAAGGAAUCAUAUCUGGUGAGAAACAGCAUCCAAGUCCCUCCGGCCACUCCUCCUUCGGCUGGGGUCGUCGCAUCUGUCCCGGAGCAGGUCUGGCAGAGAAUAGUCUCUUCAUUGCGCUCGCGAGAUUAUUGUGGACGUGUGACAUUUUGCCGAUUCCAGGGAGGGAGUAUGAUAUUUUUGCGUAUACGGAUGGGUUUAAUAUUCGGCCGCAAAAGUUUGAAUGUGUCAUCCAGCAGAGGAGUCGCUUGCACGCAGAGGUUUUGGAGAGGGAGGUGGGGAGUGCGAGGGAGUGGUUGGAGGGGUUUCGGCCGUUUGAGGAGUAGAGGAGAUGAUGAGGGAUUUGUUGUUAGGUGUUAUUGAGGAAGGAAGUCUCGGCUGAUGUAUAUGCAUCAGGUGUAAUCAAUCAGUCACAGCUGUUCUCGCCGUCGCAAUCAUAA